GGACCCAUUUCAAUCACCACAAGUCGUUUCGAGAAAUGUAAAGGACCAAGAAGAAGAGAUUGCUCUGACGUGAAACUUGAUUUGAACAACGGAAUCUUCAUCACGUAUGAUAUCUUGGUCAAAUCAUACAUCAAACUCACAACUGGUCGGAUUGUUGCAGUUUCAAACGGUAAAGAAAUUACGAGAUAUCAGAUGAAAACGCCAUGCGAUAACUUUCUAGUUCAAACUAUGUUCAAAAUUCAUUUAAAUGUAUCAAAUGAAUGUGCCGUUAAAAAGGGACAUUAUGUUUUCAAAUUAAACCUUCAAGACAUAUCGCAGAAGUACUUCGAUGGAAAUUAUUUUUACGGAAAUUGGACUUUUCGUACAGUCUUCGCCGGGAGUGAAUGCAAUUUUUUGUGUGCAGUUAUGGAAUUAAUAAUCUCACCGAAAUAG